AUGACGCAGGCCUUUCUCAAUGAGCUCAACCUGGAGACCACUUCAGGCGCAAGAGGAGGAGUCACCACGAAGUCGCUCUUUCCGGCGGCGGACAAGUUCCAGCGGCGUCUCGUCAAGGAGAGCUUCAUCGUGGAGGCGGCCGGCGUGGGCGGAAGUAGUGGGAGUGGUCACGGCGGGGGCCACGGGGACAGCGGUCGUCGAAAGCUCCGCCACCUCUUUCUCUUCAACGAUGUGAUUGUCUGCGCAAAGUACAAGGCGAGCACCAAGCAGAAGUUCACCUUUGAGCUGAAGUGGUUCCAGAUGCUGGGCGAUGUCCUCCUCGAUCCGUCGCUCGACUCGCUGCAGCACUCAAACAGCAGCAACUCUGGGAGUUCACUGAACCGCUCGCUGAACUCUUCCUCGACCUCCUCAAAUUCUUCCUCUUCAGUGGCCGGAAGUCCCGGGAAUUCUCAAGCUGCAGCUGCAGCAGCGGCCGCCGCCGCCGCCAAGGACAGCAAAGAGGCGGCCAACUCGCUGGCCACGGUGGAGUCGCUCAAGUCGCGUGCCUUUGCCGCCCGCUACGAGGUCUUUGUGGAGGAGCGGAAGUCCAGUGCUGGGAAGGCCUCGGAGAAGCACCGGAAGAAGCUGAGUGAGCUGGAGUCGGAGCUGGUGCUCUGGCUGCCGCAGCUCAAGUUUAGCUUUGCGCUGAAGGGCAGCGGCGGUGGCAGCAGCAGCAAAGUGCAGCACCUCUUUUACCUCUCCUCGGAGUACGAGCGCGGCUGGUGGGUGGACACCAUCAGACAUCUGCAACAGGUGCUGCACAACUCUGCCCACAAUGAGCAGGUGAGUCCGAUUGAGAUGCAGCGGCAGAUUGAGGCCUGCCGCAAGUCGAUGAGCCCCAGUCUGGGCAGCUUUCUCCUGCGCACCAACAAGGACGAGUCGCUGCGCUUCGGUGACCUUCACCUGCGCUUCAUUCACCUCAACGGCUACGUGCCCACGGGAAGGCAGAGCCUGUACUUUGUGGUGGAGACGGACUCCUACGGGCACUACUUCAAACAGGCGGUCACCCGUUGUGUGACGGACGACGACCGGGAGAACAUUAACGAAGACUUUCUUCUUGNUGACCUUCACCUGCGCUUCAUUCACCUCAACGGCUACGUGCCCACGGGAAGGCAGAGCCUGUACUUUGUGGUGGAGACGGACUCCUACGGGCACUACUUCAAACAGGCGGUCACCCGUUGUGUGACGGACGACGACCGGGAGAACAUUAACGAAGACUUUCUUCUUGAGCUGGAGGGAACGCAGAGUUUGAGGAUUCUCGCCUAUGAAACGGCUCCGCCGAAGAGGGUGAUAGGAGGAGGUGAUAGUGACCACCAUCACUACAAACAUCAUCAACAGCAGCAUCCUCAGCCCACCUCUCCACCCGUCUUCAAGGGCAAGGCCACCUUCGACCUGACCUCCGCCUGUCUCCUCCCCGACUACGCCCCCAAGGAGCUGUCCAUUCUCGAGUACUCGCUCUCCAUUUCACUCAGUUUCACCAGCUGGAAGUCGAUGAUGGAGCGGACGCCGCCCAAUCGCAUUUGCGGCACCUUUGGCCUGCCCAUUGCCACUGUCUGCAAGAAGGAGGGGCGCAGCAAGGUCCCUCUCCUUAUUACCUGCUGCAUCAACGAGGUUCAGCGGAGGGGGCUGCGCGAGGUGGGCAUCUACCGGGUGUCCGGCCUCAGCUCAGAUGUGGCCAAGCUGAGGAAGGCCUUUGAGACGAGUCCUCGCGACGCCUGCUGGCUGAUUGGCCACGUGGACAUUCACACGGUGACCAGCCUGCUCAAAAGCUACCUUCGCGAGCUGCCCGAAUCGCUCUUCACCAAUGACAUGUACCAGCGGUACAUUGAGGCUAGAGAUCUAAAAAACGCCGAGGAGC